AUGGAGCCCAAGCAGCCGGCGGCCAACCUCGCCGCCGCCGCCGCCGCCGAGCCGGAGGAGGACGAGGCGGACGAGGAGAUGGAGGACGCGCUGCUGGACCGCGCGCAUGCCCUCAUCUCCCGCGCCGUCGAGCAGGAGGCCAACCCCAACCCGCCGCACGGCGACUCCUCGCGCUCCAGCCGCCGCGUCCCUCAACGUCAGGGCAACAUGACCAUCGCAGCCAAGGCUGGAGUCACGUUGGAAAUCCCAAACGGGGCUGUGCUCGAGAACAAGAGGCUCACAGUUAAACAAGAAGGCCAGGCUCCAGCCAGUGAUGUUGAGGCUGCCUAUACAACACAGACCCAUGCCACUUACAAUCACGGAGCAAUGGGAAAUGAUGAGUUCCUGCUUCUUUUUAUGCCGGUUCAGGAGUGUAGGAAGUGGUUCCUCGCCGGUUGGACGUCGUUCAACCGCAGCUCUGGCACCCACUGAGUACUGCCUCGGCUACAACCUCCCUCGGAGCAAUGGGAAAUGAUGAGCUCCUGCUUCUUUUU